UCAUGAUUAAUCAGAAAAUCGACAAAUUAAUCGACAAUUUGCAGCCUUUACUUGGUCCUUUCAUUUUGUCACAACUGUUUAGCAAGGUAGCUAAUGUAGCAAGCUGUCAGGCUAGGGUGAUAAAAACACGAUACAGUGACUGGUUUGAGCUAAGAGCCGUUAGCAUCAGACAGCAGCUGUAUCUGGGGUGUGAUGUUUUGCUGACUCCUGUAAACCCCGCUGUGAUGCAUUCGCUGGCCCAGGAGAUCCAGGGCUUCUCCAAAACCCGUCUGAGGAAACAGUGCACACGUGUUACCACGGUGACAGGCAGGAAACUGCUGGAGAGGAGGAGUGAUGGAGGAGAGGGACAGGAACAGGUUGAGGAGCUGGAGGAGGGGAGUGGAUGUGGAUUUGUAGAAGAUAAAAGUCUGGACCUUCAAGUCGGUGUUGUUAGGCCCUUCUUACUGCUGGCCUCUCAGGAUGCGGCCCACGAUAUCGACACCCUGCAGAGACAUAAGGUGUCUCACGUGCUAAAUGUGGCCUACGGGGUCACUAACCUGUUCCCAGAUCAGCUGGUUUAUAAGACGCUCCAGAUCCUGGACCUCCCGGACACUGACAUCACUGUGUACCUCGAGGAGUGUAGCUCCUUUAUAGAUCAGGCACGGGAACAGGGCGGCGUGGCGCUGGUUCACUGUAACGCGGGCGUGUCACGCUCCUCCUCCAUCGUGAUUGGCUACCUGAUGUUGAGGGAGGAGCUGUCAUUUGAGGAUGCGUUCAGCCAGGUGAAGCUGGCGAGGCCCUCGAUUCGCCCCAAUCCCGGCUUCUACCGGCAGCUACGCAACUACAAACCUUUAAGCUGCAUUAAGUGAUUUAUUUUGUCCAGCACAUGAAACAGCACAAACAAAACUGACCUUUUAAAUUAUGAUUUAAAUUUACAUUUUCACACCCACCAAACACGAGUACGUUCAGUAUUCACUCCUCUUCCAGCUUCCUGCUCCGGUCUCCACUAACUCCUGUGUUCACCACAGAGUUGCUAACUUCCUGUCUGCCUGUCAGUGAUGAACAGAAACCAAAACAAUGAGCUGAAAGAUGCUUAAACAAAGCUGAGGAGAAGAUUUGGUUGUGAUUUUCUGUAGUUUUGACCCAGUGACUCUUUGGUUAUCUGACCAACUUUUCACACAGCAAUAUUCAUUAGUGCUGCUUCGAGGAACUGCAGACCUCUUAGUUAACUUAGUUAACUUAGUUAACUUAGAAGAGGAAGCCUUGAAAAACACCCACAAUUCAGUGCUAAAAGCUGCAGGGCUUCAGGAUGGCUUUUCUCUUACCUGUGACAAACAUUUUAUGUUGAAAUUGGGAGUUUCUUUUGCUGUUUUUGUAAAGAUUAAAAUCUAAUGUUAUUGAAAAUAUUUUGGUUUUGUUGGAGGGAAUACAACACAUAAAUAAUGCAAUAAAAUUUCUUUUUCUGCCUCCUCAGUGAGCUGAGUUGUCUCCAUCCACACGUGAUAAAUAACACGUCGUUUCCGUGUGUUGAUGCGCCUGCCCAGCGUGUGUGCUGAUGCUGAGUUUGUCGUUUUUAAUCCACUUGUUUGAAAAUAGAGUUAGUAAGUAAAAACUUUGUUAAAAAAUGAUUUUUUGUUAAAUUCCUUCACUUCUGUGCAGCAUAGAUUGUUUUCUAAUUAAAGACAUACCAGGGA